AUGAGUGCCAGCUAUGCCGCUGGUGUCGCUGUAAUCGUAGCGGUACUCGUGUUAUACAAGAAAUUCUCGUUAGCGGGUGGGAACAACAUCCCGCUUCCACCUGGACCUCCCGCAUGUUGGUUCUGGAGCAACGCUUUGCCUGCUGUCAACAUUGCCUAUGCGCUGACAGACUUGGUUCGAAAGUAUGGGCCUGUCGUGUCGUUCCGACAAGGUAGCCAAGUGAUAAUUGUCAUUGGCAGCAUGGAGGCGGCCACGCACAUCAUGGAGAAAGAAGGCGGAUCACUGGUAGAUCGGCCCCGGACCAUUGCUGGGGGCGAUAUGCUCUCAAAUGGAAUGCGCUUGGUCCUUUCUCAUUCCGGUGAUCGCUUCCGGCGCCUCAGAAAAGCAGUACAUACCCAUUUACAGCCAAAGGUGACAGAGACAUACCAAGAUAUGCAGCGCGAGAAGGCGAUGGAUUUUAUAUUGGAUAUACUGGAUGACCCGAAGAACCAUCAGAAGCAUGCAGAGCGGUAUGCAGCAUCAGUCAUUCUCCGGGUGACUUAUGGAAAGUCUGCGCCCACUGCCAACACUGAUCCCGAAGUUAUCCGUAUUCACAAAGUCGUUGAACAUUUUCAGGCCGCAGUUCGCCCAGGAGCUUAUCUCGUCGAUCGGGUGCCCCUUUUGCGUUACUUGCCUGGUUACGGAAAACAACUUCAUAAGUGGCAUCAUGAGGAGCUAGAUCUAUACAGGCAUCAGCUACAGCGCGUUAAGAACGACGUGGAUCAAAACAAAGCUAGCCCCUCUUUCACCAAGACACUAUUGGAGAACGCUCAAGGACACCAGCUCUCUCCGGAUGAGAUGUCCUAUCUCGCUGGAUCACUCUUUGGGGCGGGAUCAGAUACGACCUCUGUUGGAAUUACGGCUAUUAUUAUGGCUGCGGCAUGCCACCCACUGGCUCAGGCUAAGGUGCAUGAAGAGCUCGAUACGGUCAUCGGAUCAGCCAGAGCACCGACAUUUGAAGACUCAAACUCGCUCCCUCAAUUGCGCGCGUUCUUGUUGGAAGCUUUGAGAUGGAGACCCAUCGUUCGCAUAGGAUUCCCCCACCGUGCAACCAAGGAUAUUUUCUGGCAAGGAUAUUGCAUUCCCGAGGGUGCAACAGUCUAUGGGUGCCAUUGGACUCUUUCUCGCGAUCCUAUUGCCUUCCCAGAUCCUGAAGUUUUCAAUCCCCAGCGCUGGCUUGAUUCAGAAGGUCGCCUCAAGGAUAAUUUAAAGAUCAUCACAUAUGGUUUUGGUAGACGUGUAUGUCCCGGCCUGCACCUCGCAAAUCAGUCGCUGUACAUUACCCCCGCCCUUCUCUUGUGGUCUUUCCGCAUUGAUCAACGACCUGACGCCCCGAUCAACACGCAUGCUUUCAGUGACGCGGUUAUUCCCCAUGCAACACCAUUUGAGAUCGAUGUCAUUCCCCGGAUCGAAGUCGCGAAGCUGAAAGAGAUGAUGAGUAGGCCUAUGGAUUGAAGAUGUUUCAUUGUCUCUUGGUGUUGUUUUGGAGCGAAAACCUAUGGUACAGCCCAAAACGGUAGGGGUGUAAAUCAGCCCUGAGAUAUUCCAGGACCUAAGAAAUAGGUACUGGUCUGUCCGCACGAUCACACAGGCUCCACUUGUAGCCGGUCCGGUCUUAGUCAUAUCAUAAUUUCUUCUUUUUUUGAUCCA